CAUUUUCCACUAUAUCGUGAAUCGGAUUCUGACUGCAAUGAGCCCGAUGAAGCGCCUGAGGACGAGAAAAAGCAGAAAUUUCGAGAAAGAUGGGAAUGUCUUUCAAAGGAGUCAAGUGAAUUCCUUCUAUUUGGAUUGAAGCCUAGAUUAGUUGUUGAUGGGCACACACAUCACGGGUGCUACACCUACCAUACAGAGAGUGACACCCAUGAGUUUACCAUACCUUCUUUCAGUUGGAGAAAUAAGGACAAUCCUUCAUUCAUGAUGGCUGUGCUCUCACCAAACAAUUACGCAGUAUCUAAGUGCUACAUUCCAAGGGAAUCAACAAUCAUCAAACUGUACAUAGGAGGAAUGUUGGUCAUUCUGGUGGCAGCCUUCUUGCUGUACCCACGCCAUAGUCGCAGAGCCCAUUUCUUCAAAAUCAGCUAAGAUCUGGUAACAAUCAAUAAUUCCAAUUAAAUAGAAACAAACUGCCCUUGAUGAUGGAGAGAAUUCCACCAAAUAUAAUGUUACUAUUCCAGUAGUAAAUUCAGACUUCAUAUCUAAUAUAAUAUAUUAUCCAUAUUACCAUUAACCAUAAUAUAUUAUCAAAGUGAAAGUCUGUUUUGCUGAAAAUGUGAUUGAGAUACAUUUAAAUUUGUGUUCUUUGAUGCUAUUUUCAAUCGAGAAUUAUAGUUCAUCUCUGUAAAUCUUGUGUUUGAUCUCAUAAUUAAUUUUAAGAACUGCGCGACCAAAGCGGGCACAACGAAUUUUGUGUUAAAGUAUGUUAAAGUAGUGUAAAGUAUUUUUCACCUUCUGUAAUAAUAUGAAAAUGGUACUGAUUUCUCGGCUAGAUUUUAAAAAUGUGUCCUAUAUUAUAUAUUUAAAAAAAUCAUAUUUUGAGAAUUCUUUGAAAAUAUGAUUUUUAAAGAUAUAUUUAAAAUUAAAUUUGUUCUUAUCAUAAAAUAUAUGAUUUUCUUUACUAUUGAAUUUAUUGUAGAGUUAUCAAGCUCUACGUACUUUUAUUAACUUGAACUGUCAUCAACAAGCUGAAAAUAAAAAUUUACAAUAAUUUGGUUCUAUUUUCAUCUUUAUUCGUUGGAAGAUCAUACAUAUUUUUAGCUUAAGUAUGUAUGUUUGUAUUUAUUUAUUCAUGGUUUAUUUUUAAUUACCUUAAGUAAUUAUUAUGGUUUAAACUUUCAUGAUUUGAUCUUUUCUUGAUCUUUUAUUCAAUUUAUUCCUCCAAAUGAUGGAAAAAUUCUUCUUAUUUUAUUCAAUGAUGAGUUAUUAUAAGUGAGCUCACUGAGAUUCAUUUUUAUCUUGAUAUUUUUACCAACAAU